AUGAGGCAUAAAAAGGUGAAGAUUGCAUCGUUAACAUGUCCUGUCCUUUUGUGUAGUGUGAUAGUAGAUAAAUACAUAUCGUUGUGCGAAGCUCCAUUCAUCGAUAAAUUUCUUUUAGUUUUUUUUCCUUCAGAUGUGUCUUUUAUUUACCAGACGAUGGAUAUCGAUUUAAAACAAGUAUUUUCUAUUCUUGACGAAAACGACGAAGGACAAAUACAAUUACGUCGUUUUGUGGACGUCGCUAAUAAUUAUUAUUCCGACGCUGAACAAUUGAAUCGUAUUACAAAAGCACUAGAUCCAAGUAAUACUGGUUUAAUCAAUUUCGAACAAUUUUGUGACGGAAUCGCUCAAAUAAGUUCAUUACAAGGCUUAACACUCAAAGAAGUCGCAUCUGAUUUAACACGUCGUAGCCGAGAAAAUUCGCUGGUAGAAGAUUCAGACCGCCGGAGUUUGAAUCAAGACGGUAGUACAACAACUUUCAACGAAUACGACGUCGAAAGUGACGAAGCAUUCCAUCCUCCUAAUCACAAAUCACAUACGUCCAGCACUCGUACACCGAAUAGUACAACGAAUACCAAGAAACCCCAUCACAAUAAUCGGAACAGUAAUCGAAAUAGUCAAUCAUUAUCACCAAGAUUAGAUUCACCCUUUUACGGUGACGACGAAGAAUUCACUGGUGUUGCUGAACCAACCUCCAGUGUUUAUUCACCCGAGACAGUUUACCCACGCGCACCAUCGCAACGUGUUGCUCAAAAUUUAAAACGAAGUAGUUAUUUGCAACCCGUCACACCUUUAGAACAGCCCGAACAACAAUUACAAGAAACAGUUGACGAAUUACAAAAAACUGUUGACACUUUAACAGAACAAAAAGAAAAAACAACUGAACGCUUAGCGAAAAUUCAAAGUGAAAAUACUGAUUUAAAGAGCAGGCUAUUAGCACUUGAAGAUCGUUUUCACGAUCUCGAAGGCCAACAUACGCGUACGACACGAAGUGAACAACAAAAAUACGCCGAGUUUAUCACUCAAAAAGAUCGUUCUUUUCUUCAAGAAAAGGAAAUCUUACAAUCAAGCGUUAUGAGGAUCAACGCUAUCGAAGCUGAACUUAAACAGACGAAUCAUAUCAAUGGUCAAAUGAAAAAAGAUGUCAACAUUUUGAAAGACAAACUCGAAGAUGUCGAUGUUCAAUUACAGGAGAGUCAAGUUCGCUGUAAUCAUUUAUCUGAAGAUAAUGAGAAGCUGUUAGAACAACUUCGACUUCAACGCGAAGAACUCGAAGCAGAAAAGCUAACGAACGCACAACUUGCUGAACAAUUGACAUCGCGUAAGACAACUGGCCGUUCUUUAACAGGUACGGAAAGCAUUCUCAAGUCGUCGGAGCUGCGUAUUCAAGAGCUUGAUGCCCAAGUUCAAUCAUUGAAAUUGGAAAAUCAAAAAUUGAAAAAUGAAAACGAAGAAUUACGUGAACGUGCUGUUGCUUCUGGUAUCGAUGAAGGUCGCCGGUUGAUGGCAAAUCCAGACAGUCUUUCCUAUGCUGCGGAACUUGAAGUCCUUUCUAAAGACGAGCUCAUGAGUAAACUGAGAGAUCAAUAUUCCAUAAACGAUCGACUACGAGAAUACAUCGAACGAAUGUUAACUGUUAUCAUCGAAAACAAUCCCCAAUUACUCGAAGUAACAACGAGUAGUGGUGUAUCAAUUGGUUCGAUGAGUAUGUCGUCACUGACAUCGCCAAAUCCUCGACUAGCUUUGCCAGUUGCGACCAGUUCAAAACCAUCGUUACAAUCCACGGAAUCCGUGCAAAGCGAUACAUCCUCAACAACAAUCAAGGGACCGACUGACAACUCAUAA